UUUUUUUUCCUAACCUCCAUCAUCUUCUAUUGUACCGACGUAUAAACACUUCUUUUCUCCAUCUCUCACACCAUGUUCCCAGGCAGCAUCUGGCCGGCCAAAGCAUCCACGACAGAGUCACUGAGUCUUUCGCCGCUGUGGUAAGAGCUCUCACUUACGGAGGAAAUUAUGGAGGUGUUCUGAAUGAAUUCAAGAGCUCAAUGUGCAGGCACGACCCGCUCUUCGAGGGGAACGACCAACGCGAUGCACACGACUUCCUGUCCGCUUUCCUCUUUGCUGCGAGGAAGGAAUUCAAAAAUCCAGAAGAUUCCCCCUUCAGUGACCUCUUUUUCGGAAAGGAGCAGGCGGUGAUUAAGUGCAAUGGAUGCAAAAACGAGGUUUUACGAAAAGAUGAAAUAUUUUCUUCCCUGACACUCACCGUCCACCCAAAUCAGCCCGGAAACCGAUUACAGACAUUGAUUGCCAACGCUUACGGGGAGCAAAGGAUUGAGUGGGAUUGCAACAGAUGCAAGAGCAAAUCAUGCACAAGGAAGGUUUCUGUCGAAGCUUUCCCAAAGAUCCUCAUCAUACACUUCAACAGGUAUUCACCGAACAGCAAAAGUAUCCACAAAGCGUUCCUAAACUAUCCGGUUCAACUCACAGACAUGAAUGAUUAUAAGAUCAAGAAAAUCCGCAGCCUUAGGCUCUUCGGCGGCGGCCUCAAGUACCAGCUUCGCUCCGUGGCCUGCCACCGCGGCUCCAUGACCGGCGGCCACUACACCGCCAUCUGCAAGAAGGCCGACAGGUGGUUCAAGUUCAGUGACCAGCAGGUGGAGCCCGUCCAGUCACCGCUCGUCCAGGAGGCGCACAUCCUCUUCUACGAGGCGGAAUGAGCGAAAAGCAUUCUUCCGAAAUUGCCUUAGAACUGAUGUGAAGCACACACACACU